CCAUCCCUCCCCUUUCAGUGCACUCUCAAAUUACCAGUGGAAUGAAGUUUGGACUCUUACUUCUAGAGCCUCAGUAGUUUUACCAGCUAGGACAAGUGAAUCUGAAGAAAUUUUUCUCUGGGCUUGCAUUAUGGAAAAUAGCUCUCAAUCCAGCAGUCAGCAGGCUCUAUGGAAAGAUGUGGAGGUGGGGAAAGAGAAGACCAUGUACCGGAGCUACCAGCGAGGAGCCCUGAUUCUGGGGCUGGUUUUCCUGGUGUUGACCCUGGGCAUCUUCAGCCUUAGACACCUCUGGAGCCCAAGUCUGGGGAAGGUGUACGACCAACAUUAUAAGGCCGUGCUGGACGGCAUGGAAACAGAUAGCAUCAUGGAGAUUGACCCCACCCACCGCAUUGAGAUCUUCAGGAUGGGCAACGGUAGCAAUGAGGUCCUCGAGGUCCACGACUUCAAACAUGGAAUCACAGGUAUCCGGUUCGCCAAACAUCAGAUGUGUUACAUCAAGACCCAGACCAGGGAGCUUCCCAAAGUGACAGAGGUGGCGACCUUGAACACAGAGAUACUGGUGGGCAACACAGAGGGCAUGGACAUGCAGGUGGUGGAGGACUCCCAGGUGUGGGUGCCUGCUGAGGAGCCCAUCGCUAACCCAGCUUUCCUCUUCAACUCCAAGAUCUGGGAGAUAUGCCAGGAGCUACCCAUCCACUGGAUCCAUCCCUCCCCCAUGAGAGAUGCUGAGUUCCACGAGGUGAAGGAUGAUGAGGACAUUCCUGAUGCUGAGGUCGGAGGUCACCGCGUCGCCCGUGACAUCCUGGACCAGGUUCCUGUCAACGACUAUAGAGACAUUGGAGUUGAGCUGGAUAACCGUCUAGAUGACCAUGGCUACUGCUGCCAGCACUGUCGUCGUGGUUACCGCUAUUGCCAGCGCUACUAUGAGCCACUGGGGGGUUUUAACCCCUACCCAUACUACUACCAAGGAGGACGUGUCAUCUGUCAGAUCAUUAUGCCCUGCAACUGGUGGAUCGCCCGUAUGCUCGGGAGGAUAUGAUUGGAUGGUCAAACUGGAUUCACUAUGUUUCAGCUCACAUGAUAGGCACAUUCAUUUUAGGCUGGAUUUACACUACACUAGGCGUAGAGUCCCAGCAAGCACUUUGUGACUUCACCAUGUACAACACAGACUUUGGUGCUUGCCAGAAUUUGUAAUAACUCUACACAAGCAUCAGUUACGUUUUGCUAAGGCGAACGCUUGGUGGUGUGUAAACCCAGCCUAGGCCCACCCAAGGCACCAGGUGGGUGGAGUUCGCACAUUUGAGACCAUUCCAUCAGUGCACUUUCAGCCCAACUGGUGCACUUGGUGAGGUAAAACGAAUGCAACCCUUGCUACUCCCCAAUCAGUAUUCCAAAGCCUUUGUGAUAGCAAAACAUGUUAUAGUACACAAUUGUAAUCCAUCCUGUCUCAGAAAUAAGCAAAUUGACUGGCAGUCUUGUCUUAAGUCUAAAUUGAGUUUUGGGAGCGUCUGGGCGACAUCUCUAAAAGGCAUUAGAUCUCCCGAGCUGUUACAUUGUGAAUGUUUACCUAGCCAUCAAAUUCUGGUUUUGUGGCCUUGUUGUGUCUGUGCACUGAAGUGCAAUUUUGCUUUCAACAUAUUUUCAAUCAAAGUGCUACGUUUGGCUGUUUCUCUCAUUGCUGCAUUUCUUUCUCAUUUAAUUUUCUUCUUUAUGUUUAUUAUAGGUGGCAUGUAACCAACAUUCUAUUGCAUGUGGAGCAGACCUGGGUUUAAAUAGUAUUAGAUUUCUAUCAAAUACUUUGAGCGCUUAAUUGAGCCUUCCUGGAGUGACAGAUGGGGAAUGGUUUGCACUUUCCGGACUAUCCCAGUGGUGCACCAUAUAGUCUCAAUCAAACACAGCUUAAGUAUUUAACAAAAAAAAUAUAUAUAUUUGAACCCAGGUCUGAUUUGAAAUAUGAUAACCAACAAUGUAUGUAGAACUGUAGCCUGUGUAGGCUGUAGCCUGCUCACUCUGUCAACCCUUUCUAGACUUUAUCGGUUGAACAAAAAUAACAUGAGUCUUUUUUUUUGGGUGAAUGAUCUAUUUUGACUAUUGUUACCACAGUUAGCAUGUUACCUUGAAAUAGUGUUUAUUGUAUGGAUGAGGUAUACAAAAACAUUGUUUUUACUAUCAGAAUGAGUCUACUAAUUAUAAUAAAGCAAUAGCUACACACAUGUA